AUCGUCACAAGCAUUUCGAAACGUCUCUUUUUUCUUUCUCUCUCUACAGCCUUGAGAAAAUGGCUCUUCGUACUGUCCUCGUCGCUUACAUCCCUAGCCUCCCGGACUCUGUUUACGGAUUAGCCGAAGGUAUGAGUCCCUCCGGUUUAGAUUUGAGCAAACCGAAACCGUUUAAGAUGCCUGGAUUCUCUGUGAUUGGACACAGAGGAAAUGGUAUGAAUGUGUUGCAGUCAUCUGAUCGGAGAACCAGAGGGUUUAAAGAAAACUCUAUCCUCUCUUUUAAUUCUGCAGCCAAGUUUGUGUAAAACAAUAUUCUGAUUUUUGAUAUUUUUUUCCUGGGGAUGCUAUUUAUAGUUUCUUAGAAUUGAUAUGAACAAGAAGAUGGGAGAAAGAGGAUGGCCAAGAAAGUGAAUCCACGAGCUUUGUGUGGUUGUUUCUUUUUGUAGGUGACAAAAGAUGAUUGUCCUGUCAUUUUCCAUGAUGAUUUCAUCUACUCUCAAGAGAAUGGUGUUGUUAAUGAGAGUAGAGUGACUGAUCUGAGCCUUUCUGAGUUCCUCCUCUAUGGACCUCAGAAAGAAGCUGAGAAAUCAGGGAAGACCCUUAUGAGGAAAUCCAAAGAAGGUCAGGUUUUGAGAUGGGACGUUGACUCUGAUGAUCCCCUUUGCACGCUACAAGAAGCUUUUGAACGUGUUGAGCGAUCUCUAGGGUUCAAUAUCGAGUUGAAAUUCGAUGAUCAGGUUGUUUAUGAGCGAGAGUUUCUCGUCCAUGUCUUGAGAACAGUUCUGCAGGUGGUGUUUGAUUAUGCCAAAGACAGACCAGUGAUCUUCUCAAGUUUCCAACCAGAUGCAGCACAGCUUGUUAGGGAACUGCAGAGCACUUACCCGGUUUUCUUUCUGACUAAUGCGGGGAACCAAAUGUACAAUGACGAGAGAAGAAACUCACUGGAAGAAGCCAUCAAAGUUUGCUUGGAAGGAAAGCUACAAGGUAUUGUUUCAGAGGUUAAAGGAGUUUUCAGAAACCCAUCAGCCAUUUCCAAAAUCAAAGAGUCCAACCUCUCUCUCCUCACAUACGGCAAACUCAACAAUGUGGGAGAGGCAGUGUACAUGCAAUAUGUGAUGGGGAUUGAAGGAGUGAUUGUAGACUUUGUUGAGGAGAUUUCUGAGUCAGUUACACUCAUGAUGAUAAGAUCACCAUCACCAUCAUCAGGGUCAAAGGAUGAUGUUGCUGCCAUUAAUACAAGGCCUGAGUUUUCACAAAAGGAGAUUGAUUUUCUUCUCAGGCUUCUCUCGCAGUUUUGAUACAACAUUAAUUGAUAUCAUUAUUACCUAUGUUUUUUUUUUUCUGAUUGAAUAUCUUUGUAUCUUUUCUUUCUUUUAUCAUGUGCUUUUUUUUUCUUUAGGAUUUGAUUUUCUUUCUACUUUUUUCUCUUCUUCUCGGUUCUUGCCCCAAUAGCUAAACUGUAUAUAAAUCUGCAACUUUCA